AUGCACAGCCAGCGAACUCCUCGACGCGACGCCGUUUUCCACAUCAAGGAUGGCGGUAUGGUGCAGAGGACGCCUCUGGCAAUGGCAACGUCGAUGUCUGCCAGGACGACGGCGCAGCCUGGCGAGGGCGGCGAAAGUACGAAGGAAAAAGCUUUCUGCACCACUCUCAGAUCCCAUUGGGUGACAAGCACUCAGUCGAUAGCCCCGGCCUUCUCUCCUCCCAAGACCAACGAGCCGAAAGGCACCUGGUACGAGCAAGCCGACAAGGUAUUUCGGUUCUUCGGGUUCAUCGUCGACCAAGUGGAUCCAACGAGCCGACAGGCACCCCCCAGCGUCCGCCUGGUGAUCAUCCACUACUACCCGCAAGAUUCGACCCUGGAAGUGCUCGAGUCAAAGGAGACCGCCUAUCCCGGCGCCGGUCGGUCUUUCGCACUCCGACGACCGUCCAGGGUGUCCCUGGACGAGAUCAGGGUUGGCGAGGACGUACUGAUUAACGGCACGCGCGUUCAUGUCUACGAUGCGGACGGCUUCACCCGGCGGUCCAUUCCAGGGUUGGGACCCCCGGAGAGCCCACCCGUGCCCGACAAGACGUUCUCCGUCACCCCGCGCAGGGGCCCUCUGCCGACACCCCAGCCGAUUGUUCAUAAGGGUUCAGUCUGGGAUGCCUCCCAACAGUCUUUCGUCCGGCCGCGCCCUUCGCAGAACUCAACCGCAAUGUCAGGGUCAUGCCGUAGCCCUGGCUGGCGAGCGGGAAGCACGAUGUCGACGGAGACUUGGCCGUCUUGGGAUGGCGCCAGCGGCUCCGUGGUUGGCCAAGACCCCCCCGGCUUCUUGAGGAUGUACAUCAGGUGGGACGAAGACGAGGGCAUCGUCUCCGGUCCCGCUACGGUGCAUCGGUACAUCCUUCACUACUUCCUGGAGGACGGCACGAUCGAGAUGAGAGAGCUCGCCGAUAUCAAGGGAGGCAACUACUUCGAAGGUCGUUUCCCCGUCAUGAUCCGGCGGCAGAAGGUCUUCAAGGGAGGGAGCACGCCGAGCCUGAGCGUCGACCGCAUCGGUGGCGACCGGGCAGUCGCGGCUGCUGCCACCACGCCGCGAUCGGCAAGGAGAACCAACGGCGGAGGAGGCAGCAGUGGCAUCGGCAGCGGGGGGAGUUAUUUUUCUGAUAGGGGCGGCGCCGGCGGGGGGGGCGGAGGGGAUGAUCUCGGAGAUGAUCUCGGAGAGACCCUGUCCCCGCUCGACCUCGUCGUCGGGCGGCAUGUGCUGCUGAUGAAGCGGCCCAUGGUGGUCUGCGGGUGGGACGAGACGGCGCACGUGUGGUGGGAGAACUUGACCGGUGAGGGUAUUCGGGGCGGAAAGGGGACGAACAUGCGCGGGCUGCAAGGAGACCUGGAGGACUUCCAACGGUGCAUCCACCCGGGCCAAUCCCAGCCGCGCCCCCCCAACAAGCCCAAGUCUUCCUUCUACGAGGGUCCGCCGCAGCGGACGGGAACACUGCGGGAGAGAUUUUUCAAGGCGUCUGAAAACUCGGGGAAGACUCUGCGGUUCUUGGCGAAGGCGACUCAAGACACCAAGACGACGUCAACCAGGGACAACGUGUUCAUCAUCCGCUUCUACCCGGAAGACGAUGCGCUCUCGGUCUACACGAGCCACAACCUGGGGAAGAACGCUGGCGGCCUGUACAGGGGAGUCUACCUCGCGAGGUGCCACGACAUGGUCAACGAGGCUACCGGCGAGCCGUUCAAGGCGCGCGACUUCCACAUCGGUUCCGUGGCCAAGCUCCCGAGCGUAUCGCUCGAGGUUGUCGACGUCGACGACUUCAGCCGGCGCUAUCUCGCCCGGGAGACGCCUUCUUCCGACAGUCACUGGCAAACCGCGCCCAUGUGGAGCAGUCUCCUAGCCUUGGCUACUGCGGGCGGGGCCGAGGUGACCGAGUCGGCGGAGGCGAGGGCUACCGCGGGAGCCCACAAACACGUCGGCUUCCAUCCUUUCUCGCCAGACGAAAGCACCGCCUUCGGGGGCACCGACGGUGAUGGAGCUGGCGCGGCCGAAGAGUCUCUCCAACCCAGCGACAACGGCGCCCUGGAAGAAGGAUUCUCGCACGAGAACCACGCGACCCGCGGCGGCGGCGGCGGCGGCGGCGGCGGCGGCGGCGGCGCUACCCGCGUGGUGGGGGGCCCGCGGGAUGAUGCGCGCGGGGACGUAGGCUGCGACCACGGCGGCGGUGGUAGGGCGGCGACGGAGUUUGCGGUUGUCAAGGCCGGGGCCAUCCCCGAUGAGAUAAAUCCCGCCGCUUGGAGUUCCGAUCACGGCGGCGGGCAGCAGCUUUCGGUGGGGGGGUUCUCGUUUCCGGCGGUUGUGGUGGAAGGGGAGGGGGCAACGCCAGUGGCGAGCGGGGGGGGUCGGCAUCCGCGGGCGACCUCGGGCGAGGAGCCGGGAGCGGGGACAGCGAACGGUCGACCGCAGAAGAGGCUGGAGAGGCAGCUGGACCUACGCGGCGUGGUUCUGGAUGCUCACGAGGUUCCUGCGACCGGAAGAGACGACAAGAUCGUGCGGCGCGCUCUGGCGAGGGUACAGGCCCAGGUUUUCGGCCAAGGCGGCGAGGUGUCAGUACUGAGGGCGCUCAAGGCGGAGGGAAAGACUCCCGGAGACGCCGCAGACUUGUGGACGACGUGCCGCCUGCUGAAGAUCGUAGCGGAGCUGUCCCGCCGGGAAACGGAGGGCCUGUGGCUCAAGUUCAUGCCCGCCGCCGUCGAAAAGGCGGGGGACGGGGGAAGGGUGACUUUCGCGGGUUUCCUGGAGUCCAUCAAGACCUUCGAGGCGUGCCUACGGAGGGGGGAGUUGUUGGGGCUGACGAGCAUCGGGUGGAACGGCAACUGCGCCGGACCCCUAGUCGAGGAGACCAGCAAACGGAACCAAACCCAGCGACAGCACCGUUCGUGA